CUUUGGAGAGUGAUGAACCAGGGGAGGAAGGGGGGGAGGUGGCACACUCCCAGCACACUGAGGGGUGGAAGAGAUAUAAAAGGGCUCCCAGGGAGAAAGAGUGGUCAGGCAAGUGUGUGAGCUGCUGUCCUGCUUGUUUCCACACUGCUGCACGCCACUGUUUCAUGCUUGUGUGUGUGUGAUGUGAGAGAGCCGCGUGCCGUCUCCACCACAAAGGAAUAAACUUUUACAGUUAUUUGUGCCAGAGGAUAAAAGGAAGUAACGACUAACUGGAAGAGGGGAGUUGAUGAGUUUCUGAAGCCUGGCACUUCUCAAGUCUGGAAGUUUGAUUUGUUUUUCUUUUUCGGUUGAGUUGUUUACUCAUCGCCCUCUGAGAACCUCCACAGCAGAGAGUCAAGAGGUGACUCUUGAACUGCGUGCAGACGAAUUUAAACAGAAGCCGAGAUUUUCAUCCACCCUGCGCUGUGACUGUUCAGAGUGUCACUUUUGUGCCCUUGUGUUCCUUUUUUGAUCAGCCUUUGGAGUCGCAAUGAAUGCCUCAUUUUUAUAUGAUGCGGACUACAAUCAGUCCUUAGUGGAUGGGGAUUUUUACUGGGAGGAAAAUCUAGACGGUUUCGGCAUCACGAUGGCCUUUCUCUACCUGGUGGUUUGCGUCAUGGGGCUAGCUGGAAACGCGCUCGUUAUUGUCGCCAUUUUAAAGUUCGACAAGCUGUCCUCUUCGACCACAGUGUACAUUUUCAACCUUGCGCUGGCCGAUGGACUAUUCAUGGUUGGUCUUCCCUUUAUAGCGAGUCAGAACUUGAUGAACCGCUGGAUAUUUGGAGACGUGGCGUGCAAAGCGGUCAUGGUGCUGGACGGCAUCAAUCAGUUCACCAGCGUCUUCUGCCUGACGGUGAUGAGCAUCGACCGCUACAUGGCGCUGGUCGACCCUCUUCGCUUUGCCUGUUGGAGGACCCCACGCUGUGCCAAGAUUGUUUCAUCCCUCCUCUGGCUGUUCUCCCUCCUCACCAUCCUCCCGAUGGCGGUUCACUUCUCGACCGAUCACGGCUUUUGUACUCCGGACCUCGGCUCAGACGCCCGGUGGCUUGGCAUCCUCUCUUACACCUUUAUCUUGGGUUUCGCUUUACCAUUUACAGUUAUGACAGGUUUCUACGUGGCACUGCUGCUCGCCUUAUGGAGUCAGAAACUCCGAACCGCAGCGGUGAACCUGGAGAGCCAGCAGCUGGAGCGACAGGUCACCAAAAUGGUGGUCGCAGUGGUUGUUGUGUUUGGAUUGUGCUGGCUGCCGUUUUACACCUUCAACUUCUGUUCUCCAUACCAAAACAGCUAUGCUGUGACCUUCUUCAGGGCUUUUGAGUUUGUGGUCCUGCUUUCCUACUCAUGGAGCUGUGCAAACCCUAUCCUGUACGCCUGCCUCUCUGACACCUUCAGGAGGCACUUCCGCACCCUACUCUGCCCCAUCACCAAGCCUUCUUCCAGCAUGCAGUGCAUUCCUGACCAGCAGAACCUAAAUGACACAGUUGUGUGUGAUGGCACCAUUACCCCAUAAAGCCAAACGAAUUCUGGCUGCAUUUUAAUUCACUUCCUAUUAUGAUGCACUGCACGAUACUUUUGGACUUCUUUCUUUUCAGUUACUCGUAUAAUGCAUUGCAGGUACCUACAAUGACUUAGGAAAUCACUGUGUGUGCAGCAACUAUAUUCUUUGUUUAUUUCCACAAUUGUUUGCCUAAUCCAAGUUAAACUUGGCUGGCUUUCUGCUGGCAACCCGAGUAAGUGAAGUGCUGACUUUCAGAUCAUUUGGAUGAACGAUUCUCAUAUUUUGACUAAAAGUUGUUCUCUGCUACCAGUGUUUGCACUAGAACUGCUGACUGCUCCACUCUGUGUGUAGGGGGGAUGGGCAUACACACAAACACAGAUAUGUUAGUCGUUUGUCUUUGUGUGCGCAUUCAUUGACAUUAAUGCAUUCUCAAGCCUCUUACCGCAAAGUUUAUCCAUGACAAUGAAGUAUUUACCCUAGCCUGGGCUGAACUAAUCUCCGACUGUAACCCUAAAACAAAGUUAAAGUCAUCCAAACAGUUCAGAUUUUUCCAGCAUUCCAUUAAGCUGAUGGCCCCAGACUCAAAAGGUAGUUGUCACAAGGACAACUGGACAAGUUUCACUUUAGUUUUCUUGUGUUUGGUUUUCUGUGACACUCGCUGAUGUUUUUGGAUGUGCUGUAAGAACCCAUUUUGCCCAUUCUGGACAGCCAAGUUUGACCUGGAGCAAUCACAGACACAUGCAGAGAGUGUAUCUUUAUAAUAGCAUCACUUUGUUGAAAAACAAGAGCUUUAUGAUUGCCUACAUCUGAUGCAUUUGUGUAAAUUGCAGCUACAAAAAAAUAUCCCGGGUUACACUUUUCACAAACAUGCCCUAGCUUGGCAAAUUUCCCUUUUUUAUGUUUUUUGUUCAAUCUUCUCCACUUGAAAUGUACAUUUUAUCCUCAAGCUUGUAGCCUUGGGUGUGUGGAUUGAUGCCUUUCUGACUGUGCAUUGAGCUGCGACUUUAAAGGGUUAAUUCAAUUCAUCAUUAUAUAAAAUGCAGGCUUAAACACUUCUUAAAAAGCAUAAAGAUAAAACAGAAAACACCAGACACUGUCACUAAAUUUGAUUAGAUGAUUUCCAUAAAACUCUCUUGGUUUAAAUAUCACGUGUCUGUCUGACUCAGACCUGUUGUAUAAUUUGCCGAGCUCAAAAAAUUCAGGCGAAAUGCUCUAAUGCAUAUCCUGCUAUAGCGCUUUUCAGCAGAGCUAAUAAAAUGUAGCACAACAGGGAUGAAGUGUGGACAGGUGGAGUGUAAACAGAAUAACACGGGUCACAUGCUUUUGGCAGCACCAACUCAUACACGCACGUACACACUCAGCAAAUAGCAUCUCCACAUCUCCCACAGCUGGAUUAUGUCCCAGUGGCUGUGCAUGCAGGAAGGCAUCAGAUGAGUGUAUUUCUACUCGGCUGGCCACGAGCACGCACUUGCAUUUAUGUGUGCAAGCACCUAUGCUAUUCUGUUUGAUGGUGACAUACAAAAAGACACCCUUAACUGGGUGAAAGAUACAUAAACUCAACAUUACGCCUGUGUGGUAUAUGAAAACUUCCAAUGUUUGUUCUGUGUUUUGUCAUUGUGGAAAUGUAUGCUUUACCCUGCUCCUGGGUGGAAACCUGGAACCUCCAGAGUUUCUUCAUCUCAGUCUGAAUUAUGAUGUAAUCCAAGGACAGGAGUUUUUAAACCAGCAUAAUCUGUCAAUGCCAAUCAAGCCUGCAAAUACAUACACAUGAAAACAGGAGAUUUUCUUUGAACAGUGAUAUUUCCUGAUUGCUUCAUUCAUUCAGUAAUUCUUCGAUUGAGCGCAUAACCACCCACCCCCUCCUUUUACCUCUCUGUCACUUUCACUGCUUUUAAACUUUUAUGUUUUUGACAGCUAUUCUCAAGAUUAACCUCCACCAGCUGUGACACACUGAGACACUGCUUACACGUGUUACCCCGGCACUCGAGUGCAGGAAUCCAGCUCGGCCAUCUCAUCAGAGCAGUUAGAGUGGCCACCAACGCACCGCAGAAAGACUCAAAUCAGCUCACGAAAGGCUGAGGAGAUUUCAAGCCGUCCAGCUGCUAACUGUCUCCCUACAUCUUUCCAUAAGCACUCCCGCUGGACAAUCCCAAGAAUACUUAGUGAAAUGCG